AUGGCGCAUAGGAAACGUCACGCCGAUGACCCCCUCGACGAAAUCGCAGGCAUCGACUCGCCCGCGUCGAAACGCUCACGAACCGUCGAUUCCCUCAUCUCCAACGGCUCGCUCGAAAACGGUCACGACACAGCGACGACGACGGACGACGCAACACCCACAAACGGCACGGCUGAGAUACCACAAGAUGAUGCCGACAGCGACAGCGAAAUAGAGGACGACGCGCCGGUGCAUGUCCCGAUCCGCCAAUCGGCGCCGACGGACGGCUACGACGACCUCUACCUCGACACGAUAGACCGCAACGUGCUCGACUUUGAUUUCGAAAAGCUGUGCUCCGUCAGCCUGUCCAACAUCAACGUCUACGCGUGCCUGGUCUGCGGCCGCUACUACCAGGGCCGCGGCCCCAAAUCGCACGCCUACUUCCAUGCCCUCGACGAGAAUCACCACGUCUUCAUCAACAUGCAGACACAAAAGGUCUACGUCCUCCCGGAAGGGUACGAGGUCAAGUCAAAGUCCCUCGACGACAUCAAGUUCGUCUCGGACCCGCGCUACACGAAAUCCGAAGUCUCCGCCCUCGAUCGCACACCGCUGCGCGCGUCCUUUACGCUCGCGGGGAGGGAAUACGCACCCGGCUUCGUGGGCAUGAACAACUUGAAAGAAAACGACUACCUCAACGUCGUGGUCCAGGGCCUCGCGCAUGUCGGCCCCUUGCGCAACUUCUGCCUCCUCGAAGACCUCUCGUCCCGCUCCGAGCUCGCCAAGCGCUUCGGCAUCCUCGUCCGUAAGAUCUGGAACCCGCGCGCCUUCAAAGCCCACGUCUCCCCCCACGAGCUGCUCCAGGAGAUUUCCCUGCUGUCGAAUAAGCGCUUCACCCUGACGGCGCAAUCCGACCCCGUCGAGUUCCUGUCAUGGUUCCUGAACAACCUGCACCUGGGCCUCGGCGGAUCGAAAACGAAGCCCGGGAGCUCCGUCGUGCAGCGCAUCUUCCAGGGGAAACUGAAAGUCGAGUCACAAGCCAUCACGGCGCGCGCCGACGCGGGCGACCGCCUGCGCUUCGAAGACGCCGCCGUGUCAGUCACAUCAUCCCGCUUCAUGUUCCUUACCCUCGACCUCCCCGCGGCGCCCCUCUUCCAAGACGAGCUCGAAAAGAACAUCAUCCCGCAAGUACCCCUCACGACCAUCCUCUCCAAAUACGACGGCAUCCACGCGCAAGAGCACCUCGCCCAGCGCAAGCGGUACCGCUUAUUGCACCCCCUACCACCCUACCUCGUCCUCCACGUCAAGCGCUUCAGCCAGAACAAGUUCGUCUCGGAGCGGAACCCUACGAUUGUCACGUUCGACCCGCGCGGCGUCGACGUGAGCCCCUACGUGGAGCCAAACCCGGGCGAGUGGCCUCCCGGCGAGCCCAUCUGGUACGACCUCGUCGCCAACGUCGUCCACGAGGCCGUGCGCGCCAAGGAGGACGUCGCGGACAGCGGGGAGGAGCGCAAGACAUGGAAGGUGCAGCUCAAGGAUAAGGGCCGCGACGAGUGGGUGUCGUGCCAGGAUCUGUUUGUGGAAAAGGUGCAGAGCGAGCUGUUGUACCUGGGCGAGACGUAUCUGCAGGUGUGGGAGAGGCGGAGGACGCCGAGGAAAGCGUAG